UGUACAUUUUUUUUAAAAUUUGUCAAAUGUCAAAGCAGAAGGAAUCAAUACAUAAUUUUGAUUUUUUUGUCAUUAUUUUAAAGCAACAUUUUCUUCGAUAUUUUUAAAUUUCGCCAGAUUUUAUUGUUCAUAUUGUUAUUGGGAGAUUCACUCUUCUUCGCUAUGUCUCUAAACCCGUCUUCACCAAUAUUUCUUAAAUGUUUUAAUAUAACCUAAUUCAAGUUCAAAUAAAAAGGAAUAUCCACACUUGUGAUGCCUGAGCAAAGUAACGAUUACCGGGUAGUGGUGUUUGGGGCCGGGGGUGUUGGUAAGAGCUCAUUAGUAUUAAGAUUCGUAAAGGGCACAUUCAGGGAGAGUUACAUCCCAACUAUCGAGGACACGUACAGACAAGUUAUAAGUUGCAACAAAAAUAUAUGUACCCUACAAAUUACGGACACAACAGGUUCCCAUCAGUUCCCUGCUAUGCAGCGACUCUCUAUAAGCAAGGGACAUGCCUUCAUUCUUGUAUACUCAGUCUGUAGCCGACAGAGUUUAGAAGAGCUGAAGCCAAUUUACGAACUCAUUAAAGAACUUAAAGGUCCAGAUUUGAGUCAAAUUCCAAUUAUGUUAACAGGCAAUAAGUGUGAUGAGAGUGCAGAAUUACGUGAAGUAACUACAACAGAAGGGCAGGCACAGGCAGCAGAAUGGGGAGUCAGUUUUAUGGAAACCUCAGCUAAAACAAAUCACAAUGUUAAGCAGCUCUUUCAAGAGUUAUUGAAUCUGGAGAAAUCACGAAAUGUAAGCUUGAAUGUGGGCGGUAAGGCACAUAGUCGGGUUGCGAAAGAUAAAUGUGAAUUGAUGUAAAAAAAAGAAAGAAAACAAGAUUUGAGUUAUCUCUAAUCUUUCGUGGGAAUGGCAAUGUGUCAUAAGUAUUUAUAAAAUACCUAAUGCUUUUAUUAUCUGCCAAUGUUGCCAAUUUUCAGAAAAAUUGGGCUUUUUGGUUUUGAUUGUAUAAGGUAAGUAGAUUUAAAAAAGUAAUAAUUUUAUGGGGCCAGAUGUAAUAUAAAUUCUAUUUCACAUACAUUGAAUGAGAUAUUACACAGUGGUUUUGGAUUUAGGUUUGUUUAAUUGAAAAAUUUUUGUGCCAAACAAAGAAUUGCAGAAAUAACAAACGAGCAGCAAAGAGCAAAUGUUUUUUAUUUUUAUAUUCAUCCUGUAAGUGAUUUAAAAAUUGUUUUGACUAGAAUUAAUAUAUGCAUCUUUUGAUAUAUUCCCCAUCUAACCUUCACAUAAAGCGUAUCAAAGACUUAAUAGAAUAGAUAAUUUUGCAUUUCCUAAAUUUUAAGCUUUAGGGGCCACAUAUUUCGGACCAUACCCAUCAACUUAAUAUGGAUAAUACCAUCUCAGUCCACAUUAACACUCUCGUUUGUAGGUAAAAUGUAAAUAUGCUGAUUUAUUUAAUAUAAAGACUUCCUUAAAAGUAAACAUUGUGAGGAGAAUUUGCAGUUCAGGUCAAGUGAUUCAGAAAGUCAAGCAAACAAAUCAAAAUUAUUUUCAAAUUUUGCCUAUUCAGAGCCAAAUACGAUAUUUGUUUUGAUGGUUGCUCAUAGUGGCAAAAAUAAAAAUCAAAAUAUGUUGUACACCCACGAUUAAUGCACAUGCUGAGCAGCUUCAGAAAAUUUAAAUAUCUUUAAUAAAUUUAGUUGUAAUUCUUAGUUAAAGUCUGAAAAAAAAGUUUGUUAACAAAUAUGAAAACAAAGAUUUUGCUCCAGUUCAUGGAAGAUGUUUCACAAUACUUGACUUUAGUUGACCUUAAUUCUUAGAAUUGGAAGGAAGUAUUAUGGUAUAACAUGGUGUUAUUCUUUAAAAUAGUAAGCAAUCAUUCUAUAUAGAGCCUAAAAGUACCUGUGAAUCCAUUACAAUGAUUUGCGCACAGAUUCACACCGGACCAAAUACAAGACAAAAUUUUGUAGUUUUGUAAUACUAUAUUAAGUAGAACUUAGACACAAAAAUUGUCUAAAAUAAUUUUAGGCAUUUUGAAGGACACUUGCUCUCUGUUGUUUGGUUUGUUUUUGCAGUAAAAAAGUGUUAUCAGCAAUUUCUUAAACAUUUAGGUUCAGUUCAAUUUGUUUAUGUAGUAUUCUGUAAAUCAGCACUGGUGAAAAAAAAACAAUAAUUUAGUCUCUUCUCUUUAAGAAAAGCAGAAAAGGGAAAUGAUGGGUUUAUAGAAAAAAAACUUUAUUUUGUCGAUAUUAAUUUUAUUGCUAAAAGAGAUCAUAUAUAUUUCAAAUAAGUAGUGUUAGUAAAUGAGCAGCAAUGAACUUGCAUAAAAUAAAAUUUUUAACAACAAACCCAAAGAAGACAAAAAAAAUAAGGAAAGAAAAAAAGAGGAAGUAAAUGUAUACAAAACACAAAUUGUCUAUUGCUAUUCGUGUUCGAUCUUGGUUAAUUAUAUAUCGAAUAAAAAUUACAAACGACUAUGAAGUUAAUAAGGGUAAAAUAGAACUAAAAAUAUUUUUAGUGUACUAUUCUGACAAUUCUAUUAUUUGUUAACAUAUAUACUUUGCCUUGUUCUUCAUACAGAACUCUUAAAACUGGUUAAAAACCUUCUGAUCUCAUCUCAUCCAAGGUUCUUUUUUUAAGUACGUUAAAACAAACUCUUUCAUGUUCUGUAAGUGUUGUUUUAAAGUGUCUUCUAGUUUGUCCAAUAUAAACUCCUUUGUAUUGAUUUUUCGUAAAUAAUUUUUAGUUUUUGAAUGCAAAGGAAUUUGAGCAUUAGUUUUUGGUGAAAAACUUUUUUUGAAUGGUGUUCUUACAUUUUAGAGGAAUUUUUGUAGUUCCUGUGGUUUAGACAUAACUUACUUGUUCAGAAAUGCAUUUAAUAUAUGGAUUUUUUUUAUACUUAGGGUAGUAUUUUACUACUUUUAGCUGUUGUAGUUUGUGUUGUGUUAUUGACUAAAAGUUUGUUAAUAACACUGGGGAGUAGUUAAGAUGUUUUUAAUUAAGAAAUUAUUUACUUUGUCUAGAUUGAUUGUUCGUUUUAGGUUUUAUACAAUAUUGUUUUUUUGGGAAAAGAGAUAAUGUGAACCAUAAUUCAGGUUGUAUAUGAUAUCAAUAGCGUUAUCUGGUCCAACGUGUUGGUCACGUCUAAAAACGAAAACUUCAAUUUUUCUUUUUCUAUUGAAAAUUGUACUAUGUUACGGAAAUAACCGAAAACAUUUUAAAUUACAUUACUAUACCUAGAUUAAUUUGGCUGAAACCUCUUUGGAAUUAAUAUAAAAUAUCAAAUCAAAUACCAAAUACUUGACACAAAAUUAUUUAAACAAUAUCAACGAGUUUAUAUUGGAUAAACCAUAGGACUAGAUAACUUGCAUUGUCUGUAUAAUUUGUAUUUAUUUCCUUUUUUUUUUCUUGAUUUUUCCGCUCAUAAUAAGAAAUUGAUUUUUUAUAAAUCAAGGCUAAAACGCAUACUUCCUUUAAAAUAGUACUGGCGAUGUUUAAUCGUAUUCUUCACGCUAAUUCCCGAAUAUAUGUUUAUAGCGUUGUGGCUAUGUCUCUACAAAUUGUUCAUGCAUACUUUGAUUGUUCGUAAAUAUUUGUGAAGUCCAGUCAUAAUUGUGCCACUUAAAGUGAAACUGCUCUAACAAAAUAAAAAAGAAGCUUAUUCAGAAUGCUUCCAGAAGAAAACAUCCCCAAAACCCUUAUUUGGAAACUCCAAAGUUCCAGAUACAAAUCUUUAACUCCACAAAUUCUCCAACUACAGCUAUUACAAAUGAAUUUACAUUUGACCCAAAUAUUUCUUAUUGCAAUGAUGGUUGUUUUGGAAAUACAGGGUGUAGAAAGUUGAAGUUUAAUUUCCAUAACUUGUUAAUGAAACGCUUUGUGUAAUCUAAUUCGCAUAUAUUUAAUAUUUAUUUAUAUAUAGUAAAAUAAAAAGUCAAUUUAAAAAUUUCAUCUUACAUAGCGAUAAUUUUUAAAUAAAUAAUGUUUAUAUUUGCUAUCUGCCAUUGGGUAUAAGUAAGGGAGGCCUGAGCACACUUGUUGCCGAGUUUGAAGAAAAUUGGAAUGUCCAAUUUUUACAUAAAUUUUUUAGAACAAUAUUUAUAAAAAAUAUUUGUGACCAAAAUACGCCAAAUUCGAAAAACGACGUGGAGACGUUAUGCCGCCAAAAAAGUCUUUUAUGAUUAGAAAAUAAUAUAGCUCGUAGCUGAUAUAGCUAAUAGAGAUAUAGAGAGCCCUGCUUAUGCCUAUAAUACAGAAACUUGUGAAGCAACUAUGAAAACGUUUUUGAGAAGAUCCAUUCAACAUGCGCAUGCGCGAGAUUUAAAAUCUCGUGGCUGUUGACAGAUCGUUAAUAGGUUUAGUUUAGUUAGUGGGUGAAAUGUAGAGGUAUGCGGGAAAAAACAGUCCGUUUUCUACGAAAAUAUCAAAACCACUUGAGACGCAUCAAUUUUUACUAGUGGGCCCACUAUAUUAUCUAAGCUAUAUGGUUCAAAACAAAUUUAUGGAAGUCACAUUACGGUUCAGUGUAAUAUGCAUUAUACUCAAUUGUUCUACUAUAAAUACAAAAAAAAUAGAAGGCACAACAGCGUUAUAUACCAUAUAUGAGAAAGAUAUAAUUAAACCUCAAAUUUUAAAACGUCACAAUUUAUCAUUCCACUGUGUUCCGAAAUUUACUUUCAUUAUUUCAAGAAUUAUUGAAUUAAAUAUAAAGAGACAAACGACCAAACAGCAGGUUACUUUCAGUAACAUUUUGUCGCUUCCCGAUUCUUACUUGAACUAGCUGCGACCUGGGUUAUUCGGCUAAAAAAUGUCGAUGCGACUAAUUUAGUUUACUUAAUCAUGCUUAACUUCGCCAUAAAUCGCCUUUUGUUUGCAUAAACACAAGUGCUGGUUUUCUGAUACUACUGAAAUAUAGAUUUUUAUAGUCUUCUAGCAUUAAGAAUGGAUGGCUUGUUUGAUUUUGCUACACACAUUGAGGGUAUUGAGGGUAUCUAAUUUUUUUUUUAUUCAUUUUUCAUUAGAUUGCAAAAUAGUAAUUUUAAUUAUUAUUGUUGUUCAUUAUUUUGCAAUUUCUUUUACUUUUCCUUUGUGCAGGAGGAAUUGUAAAUAAAAAAGCACAAAUGCUUUUUAGCAUUUUUUUGGAUUCAGAGUUAAAUCGAUAUUAACAAAUAAAACUGGUAGAUACCACAUCUUUAAGUUGGCGACAAUAUUUUGUUUUAUAGUUCGACUAUUGGAGCGUCGAUGAUUUUAUAAAUACUGAAGACUGCGUCAUUUCCUUGCGAGACCAAGCUUUAACUACCGGGCAAGCAAACAAAUUUCAUUCUGAAACACGACUCUUAUCCAAUAAAGUGCCCCUGUUGUGGACAAUAUUUAGCUCUUCUUCUAUUUUAAAUCUUUUCUUAUGAUAGAGUUUCUUCCCUUGCCCGGUUUUCACUCACUUCGAACAUGGGAGGAUAUACUCUUUCAUUUCUCUUCUCUUUCUCACGAUUUCAACGACAUAUAUGCAACGUGUAGUAAAUAUACUUUUAGUUGUUGUAAUCGAAUUAUAUCGAAUUUUUUGAUCACUUGACAUUAACAUGUCAUUGUUACGAUUGCAAUGCCCUCUUAAGUCCAGCUUACUUUUCAUUCCGUUUUUUCAAUACAACUUUUUGCGUUUUCAAGCGAAUUGGAUCAUGUCACUAUAGCAUAUCAGUAUUUGUAGUUUUGAAUUAUAAUAGUGUUAUAGUUCUAGGAGGACCUGUAAUGUUAAGUUAGGUUCCUCAAAAGUACUUCAGUGAUUUUUGACAAGUUGGUAGAAAUGAGGCCACGUUUUUCGAUUUAUUAAAUUUAUUUUAACCAUGAAUAUGUGGGGCCACUGCUAGGUAUAACGAGCAUUUGCCAAUGAAUAGAAAUAAAAAUUAUAAAAUUAUAUCAUUUGAACGUUUACAAAUAUGAGUGUUUUACCAAAUAAUGUUUAGCGAUGGGCAGUAAUUGAAAAAAUCAGAUAAACUAAUGAAGUACUUUUAAGGACUGUUAAUUAAAAUUUUAGACUGGGUGCUAAUGCAAAGAAAGUUGUUCGUGUUAUUAAAUAAUUAUUGUUAUAUUCACGCUUUAUAGUGUUCACUAUAUGAACUGCAAUUGUGAUCAAUUUGUAACGUAUUUAUGCAACGAAGUAUGUUAAUAAAGUAAUGUCGAUAGAGAAACAAAUAAACAUGAUAAAAAAAAAUCCGCUCGUUAGAGGCUGUUUUAUAAAUUAUUCUUUACAUCAAACUAGAGGAAUUUUUGCUUGUACGUAGCUGAAAAACUAAAUUGAUAAAAGUUACAGAUUGUUUGUCCUCAAAAUGGAGCUGUCAAAUCUGUAAUUGUUAUAAUUUCACAGGAAAUUGUUAUUAUAUAGUGAACUUAUGGAACAAAUUUGUAUACUUGUAGAUAAUUUACGGUUUACUCAAAAUUACCUUUAAAUUUAUUAAAUAUUAUUCCUA